CAAAUCUCCAAUCUCCAAAACGCGGUUUAUUAACGCUACUAGACCAUAGCUAGUUUAUUGCGACUUUUACCAUAGUACGUUCGCUAUGUCCUGAUAUUUUAACCAGUUUUCACUUAAGAGUUAUCCGCUUUGCUUGUUUUGCCUUUCACGUGCAGCUGCUGCCUACAGUAAGCACGAGUGGAGCUACGGGGAUGGCUGUAACAGCACGGUCCUAUUUUUACAGCAUAACGUAGUUUUUGUACGUUAUGUUUUUUACAAACUCAUUUGCUGUUCCCUUCUGAUAGCUUGAGAAUGUGGAGAAAUAUGAAAAGCAAAACGCAAUAUUUCAGUCAACAUUAGCCUUUCACUUGUCACAUCAGGGGUUGUUUUGUUUUGUGGACAUGUGACGCAAUGAACGACGCACAAAUGUCCCGCCUCCGGGGGGCGCGGUUUGGUGACGUUUCAGGAGACAGGGAGGACUCUCCGGAAAACAACUUUGAGAUCAAAACAAUCUGAAGAACAAGCAACACAGAAGGAACUUUUCGGUAUAACGGCCACACCCGAGGAAUAACAUUGUAUUUAUUCAAUCAGGAGGACAUGGCGACCUCCAACAGGGGACUUAGUUAACAAACAUGCAGUCAUAAAGUCAUGUGAGAAAUCAUGUUUAUGUACCAGGGAUUCAAGGAGGGCGAGAUAUUGAUUGCACCUGAGGUCUAAAGAUGUUCGGAAAGAUUCUGUCUCAUCUGCUCUGGAACGCUGGUGAGGAUUUUGAGGCAGCGGACUCCUAUGAGGAGCUGAUGGAGUGUGAGGAGGGAGGAUGGAUCAUUGUUAAUCUGCCAGAAAACCAGCCCCUGUCGGCCCUCCAGGCGGGCCCCCUGGAGAACCUGCUCAUCGAGCACCCCAGCAUGUCUGUGUACCAGAUGAGAUGCACGAUGAGCGGAGAGGAGGAGGAGGUCGGCUCUGAUGAAGAUGAAGAGGACACCUCCAGGCCGGUGGAGGUGAAGCGGCACAUAUCCUGGCGCCUGGCUGCCUGGGGCAUCCCUCUGCCCGGCAACCUCCAGCUGCUGGCCGUGCAGAGGGCCAGCGCCCAGGCUGAGAGGAAGAAGCUGAGCCGCGGGGGCCUCCACAGGCAGAACCUCGCCAAGAUGCGCUUCUCUCGCUACGGACACUUCAAGCAGCCCUGCCAGCGCCUCUGCAACUACUAAAGGUGGGGGCUUUAAGUUGCCUCCACCACAGCCCAGUUGUGCAGCACAGUGCCUUGACUCUGACUUACUCAGGUUUUCAAAUCAUCAUUUCACCUCACACAGAUCAUUUAGCAUGAAGCAAAGCAGGUCAGACUCCCCACUUCCUGUUAGGUUUUAUUUAAGUGUCAUUAAAGGCAGCCUGCACUGCAGCUGAAGCAGCUGAGAACAAUAAUUGUUGAUAUCAUGAAUAAGUCGGUCAGGCUGGAGAGCAUGAGUUUAGACUUUCCCUCCUUUCUUUAUUCAUACUGUAACCUACUGUAUGCUGUAAUUUUUAUAUGGAGGGUAUAGUGAGAGGCGUGCAUUGUCUGUGUCUGUUUGAGGGUGUGUUUAUUAUUUGUUAUCAGUUUAUGUAUUUUUAUAUCUUAGGGUGCCUUUUAAGAUCUGGCUAGGAACAACAGAUGGAAAUUAGCAUAGCAGCUAACUCUGGCUUAUUUACAGCAACUUGUCUGUUAAUCAAUGAGCACUGUCCCUACCAACUAAAUAAAUAAAUAGAUCCAUUAGAUAUAACCAGAUGUAGGGCUUUUAGGAAGUUAAGUGUGUGUGUGUGUGUGUGUGUGUGUGUGAUUCUAAAAGUUGUGUUACUGUGAGCGAGUUCACAUAUGAAGACUUCAAACCUGAAGAGUGGAUUAGUAUGGCAGGUGACUGUCUUUGGUUUUAUUCAGUAUGUUUUUUUUCCGGUGCCUUAGUUUUAGAUGUUCUUGUAACAAGUAUUGUAAAGCUUGUACCUCGCCACAGUGAGCUGUACAGUAAUUAUGUGGUGUGAAAAGACAAAACCAUGGUUUGUGCUUUGAUCGAUUACCCACUAUUUUCACGUUACACAAAUUGUCCAUUUUAGACGAGUGUAAAUACAGUUGAAUAUUAUGUUUUUCUAUGCGUGUAUUUCUAAAAUGUACAACAAAAAUUAAAGUCUUGUUUUCUUAA